AUGUCUACAAGUUGUAUUUUUUGUAAAAUUAUUGAACGUAAAAUUCCUUCUGUUAAAAUUUUUGAGACUGCUCUAAGUUAUGCAUUUUUGGAUGUUGGACCAUUAUCUGAAGGACAUACGCUUGUAAUCCCAAAAUAUCAUGCUAAAUUUUUGCAUGAAUUACCUGAUGAAUAUUUAGCUGAUAUAUUACCAGUAGCAAAAAAAGUUGCUAUUGCUACUGGCGCUGAACAAUAUAAUCUUUUACAGAACAAUGGUCCGCUUGCGCAUCAGGUUGUAGAACAUGUACAUUUUCACGUUAUCCCUAAACCUAAUGAUGUAGAAGGUUUAGGUAUUAAAUGGCCAUCUACAAAACCUUCUAAAGAAGAAAUAGAUGCUACUGCUAAAAGAAUGUUAGAAAAAUUAUAA